AUAAACUUCACUUAUUAGAAAAAGAAAAAUAACUUCAGUAAGACCUCGUUAAAACUGACAACACGAAUUUCAUCUAAUUUGGUCCGGCUUGGACGCCAACUCCAAGGCGCGGUGCGUCAUGCGCAAAAAUGUCCAACCAUUCUAAACAAGCAAUGAUUUAAGCAUCCACGCUUUCUCAGAGCUGGAAAACCUAUAGUGGAUUUCAACAAUAAAAUGGAGAGAAAAAACAGAUGGCCUUUAUUUUUACUGAAAGGUUAACAUAGCUUCAGCACGCAGAUAGCCUUAAAUUUGACAGGCUCCUUAUACUUGCGCUCGCUGCCCAGAUAUUCCUUUUGAUUUGCACUUUAACUGACCCUAAUAACAAAGUGCUGCAUUUCGGACAGAGACGAUUCCUUCUGUCUGCAUGGCCUCGAGGGACUGGCCUGCACGUAAACACAAACACACUCAUUCACGGACGAGACAGCCAUUCUCCUCUCCUUAGAAAGCCUCAUUCGUCGCCGCGCUCGUCCAAUCGCUGGAUGAGUCCUCAGCUCAUUAUUCGCAAGACUUGACGUGUCUCCGUGUGAUGCCGCUUCCAUCUUUGUCUGCCUCUCAUCCCGCCGGCACCGAGGAGGAUGCGACUGUGGUGCAAAUGCAGCGACGCCUGAAAUGAGAGCUUGGAUUUUAGAUGACGCUCGAUCAAAAGAGGAUCAUUUGGCGACUUGUGUAACAGUUCCGUGACAUCAGAGAAAGCAUGCAAGACAGGCCGACGGACUGCGGACCUCCAGCUCCACCGAGCGGACCCUCGUUUUUUAUUGAGAAUCUGCUGAGCAAGGGGCGGGAGAGACGGGGGUCGGUAUCGGCUGGCAGUCAGGCGGAAGUCGUGGUGAAAGCCGCACAUCACAUCGAUAACAGCGUCUCCGGGUCAGACUGCUGUAGCUCCACAUCCCGCUGCUCGUACGGAGACUUGCCGUUGCAGUGGAGCCGAGAUGGGACUGUGAUGAACAUCAGAGCUUUGGAAAAACCACGCAGCCCGACAUCAGAGGAUCCUUGCUGCGCAUUAUCGACCAGUGACAGGGCCUCCCCUGCCAUUUCCGAGCCGAUAACUGAGAGCAGCGACGAAACCGACCGAAAGACGGUCGACGGCAGCUUCACGGACGACAACGAGGACGCGUCAAGCCGGCUGGACGCAGGGCGCGACCAGGACGCAGCGUCUGGGACGUGCUCCGGUCGGAAGAAGAAGACCAGAACCGUGUUUAGUCGCAGUCAGGUGUUCCAGCUGGAGUCCACAUUUGACUUGAAGCGGUACCUUAGCAGCUCGGAGAGAGCGGGUCUCGCCGCGUCCCUGCACCUGACGGAGACUCAAGUGAAAAUCUGGUUCCAGAACAGGAGGAACAAGUGGAAGAGGCAGCUGGCGGUAGACCUCGAGGCUGUGCACAUCCCGAGCUCAACCCAGCGGAUUGUCAGGGUGCCGAUCCUGUAUCAUGAAGGACAAACUCCCUCCGGUGUUCUUGCUUUCAGCUUAAACGGACUUUCAGUUUCUCCCUCCUGGUCUGUCAACCAUCCUCUGUCGCCAUUUGCUCGCUCCGUGAACAUGCUAAGCUCGCAAAUGACAGGCUUGGUGUAGAGACUCAACCAGACUGAGAAAAAAACCAAAUAUCUACAUAAACUCGGUCAGUUAUUUAUUGUUGUGCAAUAACCCAACAUGCUGCAGGGAAAAUGUCUGCAUCCAAAGACAUGAAACAAAGAAUCCAUCAUUUUAACACAACGAAGUUCUAUAUUUCUGUUCCUGAGGCUGUAUAGCAUGUGCUGCAGAUAAUUAAGCAUCCCUAGACUGACGGCUGCGGGCUGUUUGUACUGUAUGUUUAGAUACACGUAUUUUUGCUAAGUUUUAUAGCCUAUUUAAAGUCACAGAUUUUUUCCAACUUUUUCACAUAACUGAAAAAAUAAAUAAAUAAAAAAGCACGCACUGAAAUAUACUCCUUUGUUGUUAUUGUGUUCCCAUGAUCAUUAUGUAAAAAGCCUGAUCCUGAUCUAUUAACUUUAUUCAAACCAACGAACAAAACCUGUAGGUAUUUUAUUCAUUUAGGUAUUUUUAAAAUAAAGAUUACAAUCGUUACACUUGUUAAA